CAUACAACUAUCACGAUGGCCAGUCUCACUAAAGCUUUAAAACCAAUUUUGGAAAGGCAGUUUGGAAAUACAACAAAGAUCUUUGGCGCAGCAGUCAACAGUCAAAGAGGAAAACCUACAUAUGCAAGACAAAUCAUACCUCCUCCUGCCAAGUAUGGAGGCCGGCAUACUGUAACAUUAAUUCCUGGAGAUGGGAUUGGACCAGAACUGCUUAACCAUGUGCGAGAGCUCUUCAGGUUCAGCUGUGUUCCUGUGGACUUUGAGGUGGUGCAUGUAAAUUCUGCAUCAGACAGUGGGGAUGACAUCAAUAAUGCCAUUAUGGCCAUUCGCCGCAAUGGAGUUGCUCUUAAGGGUAACAUUGAGACUAGCCACACAAUGCCCCCUAACCACAAGUCACGGAACAAUCUUCUACGCACAAGUCUGGAUCUUUAUGCCAAUAUGAUGCACUGCCAGUCACUUCCUGGAGUUCAGACGCGCCACAAAAACAUUGACAUCAUUAUCAUUAGAGAAAAUACAGAGGGAGAGUACAGCAAUCUGGAGCAUGAGAGUGUAUCAGGAGUUGUGGAGUCUCUAAAAAUCAUCACACGGAACAACUCCCUCCGCAUUGCUGACUAUGCCUUCAGACUGGCCCGAAAAAAAGGGCGCCGCAGGGUCACGGCUGUCCACAAGGCUAACAUCAUGAAACUGGGGGAUGGGCUCUUCUUGCAGUGCUGUAAGGAGGUGGCCUCUGGAUACCCAGACAUUGAGUUUGAUAGUAUGAUUGUAGAUAACACCACCAUGCAGCUCGUUUCCAAGCCCCACCAGUUUGAUGUCAUGGUGAUGCCUAACCUCUAUGGGAAUGUGGUCAGCAAUGUGUGUGCGGGGCUGGUGGGUGGACCCGGUCUGGUGCCUGGUGCCAACUACGGGCAAGACUACGCUGUGUUUGAAACGGCCACCAGGAAUACAGGAAAGAGUAUUGCCAACAGGAACAUUGCCAACCCCACUGCCAUGCUGCUUGCCAGCUGCCUCAUGUUAGAUCAUCUCAAACUUCAUGACUAUGCCAACAUGAUCCGCGGUGCGAUUCUCACAACCAUGAACGAGACUAGGUUGCACACAGCUGACAUUGGGGGUCAGGGCACUACCUCAGAAGUGGUUCAGUCGAUCAUGAAGAUCAUCCAGAGCAGCGGUCCCCUCACCACUGAGAUCUAAACACCGUCGGCACAACUGUUUGACAUCAGCUUCUUAAGGACAUCUGCACUUCAUCUUAUGUCUCAAUAAUAUUGCUUACACUUGAGACAAGAGAUUUAUUCUUGAAUCCAGCAGCUUUUAUGGGGAUCAGGGGAGAAGAUGGUGUUACAUGAAAUACAACAUACUCCAGCACUAUGAUUGUGGGGUUUCUUGGGCAUAGUGGUCUUUCCAUGGGAACUGCAGAGUUUUUAGAUUUAUCAUAUUGUAUUUGAAAGGUUAUAUUGUUUUAAUGCUAUGCUAAUACAGUAUUUAUGAUGAGG